AUGUCCCGCGUAUCUAGCGGACCGCCCUACACUGCCUUCCCCAGGGGAAUGGUGCACUGGAUCACGGCCAUGGUAGCCGUGGGCAGCUUCAUCUCGCCGGUGACGGCCAACAUCUACUUCCCCGCGCUGCAGGCCAUAGCCGACGACCUGGACGUGUCCGUCAGCCUGAUCAACCUGACGCUGACGACGUACAUGAUCUUCCAGGGGCUGGCGCCGACGCUGUUCGGCGACUUCGGCGACAUGGCUGGCCGGCGGCCGGCGUACAUCCUGGCCUUCACAAUCUACCUCUUCGCCAACGUCGGGCUGGCCGUGCAGCGCAACUACGCCGCCCUGAUGGUGCUGCGGUGCGUCCAGAGCGCCGGCAGCUCGGGCACCAUCGCCCUCGGGUACGCCAUGGUGGCCGACAUCGCGCCCACGUCCCGGCGCGGCAAGUACAUCGGCUUCAUCGGGGCGGGCAUCAACGUCGGCCCCACGCUUGGGCCCGCGCUGGGCGGCCUGCUGAGCCAGUACCUGGGCUGGCCGUCCAUCUUCUGGUUCCUGGCCAUCCUGGUGGCCGUCUGGCUGGUGCCCUGGGUGCUCACCGUGCCCGAGACCUGCCGCAACGUGGUGGGGAACGGCUCCCUGCCCGCCCAGUCGUGGAACAUGCCGCUCAUGUACUACUUCGACCACCGCAAGGACAAGACCCGACCGCAGGACCGACCCCGGACAGAGUUUCGCUUCCCCAACCCGCUGCGCACCCUCGUCGUCAUCUUCGAGAAGGAGAUGAGCCUGAUCCUCGGGUUGAACUCUCUGCUGUACAUCGGCUUCAUCCUCGUCUCGUCCACGCUGGGCACCCUGUUCCACGCCAUAUACGGCUACAAUGACCUGGAGUCGGGCCUCUGCUACCUCCCCUUCGGCUUCGGGGCCUGCAUCGCCGUCAUCGGCCAGGGGUACGUCCUCGACUGGAACUAUCGCCGCCUCGCCAGCAAGCUGGGCAUCGUCAUCAGCCGCCGCCGUGCCGACGACCUGUCCAAGUUCCCCAUCGAGUCCGCCCGCAUCCAGCCCAUCUACCCUGCCGUACUGCUGGGCGCGGGCGCCCUGGUGGGGUACGGUUGGGCGCUGCAGGCCGAGACCACCGUCGCCGUGCCUCUCGUCCUCGUCUUCCUCAUCGGCCUGUUUGUGCCCACGUCCUUCAACGUCCUCAACACGCUCAUCGUCGACCUGUAUCCGCAGGCCCCCGCUACCGCCACGGCAGCCAAUAAUCUUGUCCGCUGCCUGGUCGGUGCUGGCGGCGCUGCCGUCAUCGAGCUGGUUAUCCACGCCGUCGGCCGAGGCUGGACCUUCACCAUCCUGGCUCUGCUGGUGGCCGUGUGCGUCCCCGGAUUGAUGCUGAUAGAGAAGCGCGGCCCCGGAUGGAGGAGAGAGAGAUACGCCCGCGAGGCUGCCCGGGCGGCAGAGAAGCAAUGA